AUGGGCCGUCUUGGCCGCACCUGUUCGUUCGCCCCGCUCUUGCCCCCGUCGGCGCCAGCUUUCGUGGCGUCAUCGCCACAGAUCACUUGGCGAGGUCGUAGCCAUCGCCGCUUGUCUUUCGACCGGCAACAUGGCGGAAGGAGGAGAGGAAUAGCCGCCGUAGCUGCUGCGGUGGAACAGCAGCCAGCUGGCGGCGGUGGCGGCGGUGGUGAAGGCGUGCACUCGGAGCAGAAGACUGGUUACCAGCCCCCUUCCCCUCUCGAGGACGAUGGGCAUGUCGUGGACUUGUCGUUGCUUCAGGAUCUCUUAGAGUCCGGCACCUUGCAGGUGGCCAGGAGACCCGCCGACUACUCCGACAGGCGCAGCGACGGAUACACGGAGCCAUUAGAGGUCUACGUCUUGGGCACCAGCCACGCCUCGGAGACAAGCGCUGGGCAUGUUCGCCGGGUGGUGGAGGCAGUCCGCCCGCAAAGCGUGGUGGUGGAGUUGUGCAAGUCCCGAGCAGGACUCAUGAUGCCCGUCGCCCCAGAGAACGAGGCAGGGUCCAACAAUCCCUUGGCGAUGUCGGGGGAAAACUUCGCCUCUUCGCUGGCCAGGUCGAUCCGAAUAGGGGGGCAGUCUACUGCUCUUCUGAGGGCAGCCCUAGCGUGGGCGGCAAGAGGGUCGAUGGCCGACGGACAGGAGACGAUGAGGUCCGGCGGGGAGGGGACAACAACGCCAACUUCGGCGGUCAUGUACGGAGACUUCCGGGCGGCGAAGGAGGGGGCGGAAGAGGCGCGUAUUGCGUGUUCUGGUUUCGGCCUACUCCAAGUCCAAGUGGGAUCGUGGACGGUGGUCUGGAUAUACGGAAUGGCAUGGUACGAGGACCAUCGGGGAGGGUUAACCAGCGAUUCCGCCGCGUCCACAUGGUACUCGCCCAGCACCUUCUCUCGGAGAGAAAGGACCUUCCGAAGCAGGGGCUCCGCCUGUCAGGAGUGUAGCGGAAGUAGCGAUACCCAACAACAGCAAGCGAUCCAGAGGGGGGGAGGGGGGGGGGGGGGGGGAGGGGGGCGAAAUUCGGGGGCCGCAGAGAAGCUGCGGAAAAGCGUAAGCGACGGAGAGGUUGGAGAAGACGCCCUCGAGGACCUCAUCAGCAUGCUCGCUGAACGAUUUCCGUCUGUUGUAGGACCCUUGAUCUACGAGCGAGAUCUUUACCUGGCGUGGACCCUAAAGCGGAGCCGGGCGGUGUGCGGUCAACGGAGGGUAGUCGGCGUCGUGGGGAGGGGGCAUCUCGCUGGUGUCAUGCGAGCGGUGGAGACGGACAGGGGGGGAGACACCCUGGUCUUCAAGACACUGACCGGAAAGCAGGGAGGGGAAGCAGCAGCAAAAGGAGGAGGAGGAGGGGGACUUGAAUGGCCGUACUCUUCGAGUCCCAGCAAGCUCGAGAAGGGCGCCAAGUUUGCGGCGAGACUAGGGCUCGAAACUGCCGCGGGUUACGCGCUGUGGGAGCUCUACAAGGCGGUGACAACUUCCUCUGCCACGUGA